AUGAGAAAACCAGUUCCUUGGUGGGACGCGGACUGUUUGGAAGCUGUAAAGAAAAGUAAAAAUGCUUUAAGAUUUUACAAAUUAAAUCCUACAAUAGAAAAUUAUAUAGAAUAUAAAAAGAUUGAUGCCUUCAAAAAGAGAUUAAUUAGUGAAAAAAAAAGAAAACAAGUUGGAGACGAAUUUGUCAAAGCAUCAAGACAAACUGGAGCAGGAACAGAUAAUAUAUAUGUACCAACUCUGUGGUACUUCGAUGCAUUAAAUUUUUUAGCUUCUCCAGCGGAGCCAUGUCGUCAACCUGUAGAUUCACAAGAAUCACCAUUGUCAUCAGGCGAAGAAAAUGAAAGUCCAAAUAUAUCCGGAACAAAAUCAAAAAAGAGAAAAAAUACGAGUACAUUAAUUUCAAAACAAGAAAAGAUACUGGAUAAAGCAAAUCAGUUGAUUACUAUGGAAGAUGAUUCGUUUGAUGUAUUAGGGAAAUCUAUUGCACACCAACUUCGUGACUUAAAUAAAAGGCAGUUUAUCAUUAGUCGAAAAUUAAUAUCAGACGUUAUUUAUUAUGCAAUUCUUGAUAGACUAACCGAAGAUUCUCAUAUAAUUUUAGGAUCCUUUGCUUAUCAACGAACACCUCUACGUACUAUUUCGUCCAACUCAAAUUCCAACGAAUCACCUUUUCCCACACAGUCUCGAUACCACCACCUGCAAUCCCCGCUGCCCACGCCGUCUCCGCAACACCACCUGCAAUCCACGCUGCCCACGCCGUCUCCGCAACACCAUCUGCAAUCCCCGCUGCCCACGCCGUCUCCGCAACACCACCUGCAAUCCCCGCUGCCCACGCCGUCUCCGCAACACCACCUGCAAUGCCCGCUGCCCACGCCGUCUCCGCAACACCACCUGCAAUCUCCGCUGCCCACGCCGUCUCCGCAACACCACCUGCAAUCCCCGCUGCCCACGCCGUCUCCGCUACACCACCAGCAAGCACCGCUGCCUACGCCGUCUCCACGCCUUCAACAAGAUUUACCUGAUAAUACACUACUACAACAAAAUCAUAUGCAAUUACUCCUUGACUCAUCAUCACUAUAUACACAGUCACAAUUCCCAAAUACUACUUUCGCUUCAUCCGAAAACGAAGAAAAUUCAACACCAAUCAUAGUAGAGGGAUAUGGAGUGCUGACGCGUCUGAAAUUAAAAGAUAUCAAAAUGUCGAAAAUCAAGGCAGGGCCUGUUGUUGACGUGCUUGGUGAUGAGAUGACAAGAAUUAUUUGGGAUCUUAUUAAAAAUAAGCUUAUUCUGCCAUUUUUGGAUAUAGAGUUACAUACUUACGACUUAGGUAUCGAAUACCGUGAUAAAACUGAAGACCAAGUAACUAUUGACUGUGCUAAUGCUAUCAAAAAAUACAAUGUUGGCAUUAAAUGUGCCACAAUUACUCCUGAUGAAAAGAGAGUCGAAGAAUUUAAGCUGAAGAAAAUGUGGAAGAGCCCUAAUGGGACAAUUAGAAACAUUCUUGGUGGUACUGUGUUCAGAGAAGCUAUCAUUUGUAAGAACAUUCCUCGUCUGGUAACUGGUUGGGAAAAACCAAUAAUUAUUGGCCGUCAUGCUCACGCUGAUCAAUAUAAAGCGACAGAUUUUGUUGUUCCUGGAGAAGGUAAACUGGAACUUACCUGGACGCCACCUUCUGGGGAGCCUAUUAAAUAUGUGGUCAAUGAAUUUAAAGGUCCUGGUGUCGCUCUUGGUAUGUUUAAUACUGAUGCCUCCAUUGUAGAUUUUGCGCAUUCUUCAUUUAAGUUUGCUUUGGACAGAAAAUACCCACUGUAUCUCAGUACCAAAAACACUAUUCUGAAAAAGUAUGAUGGUCGCUUCAAAGAUAUCUUCCAAGAAAUUUAUGAGAAAGACUACAGAUCACAGUUUGAGGCUGCUGGAAUAUGGUAUGAACAUAGACUUAUUGAUGACAUGGUUGCUUAUGCUAUGAAAUCUGAAGGUGGAUUUGUUUGGGCUUGUAAAAAUUAUGAUGGAGAUGUUCAGUCAGACUCUGUAGCUCAAGGCUAUGGAUCUUUAGGUCUUAUGACAUCAGUUUUGAUAUGCCCUGAUGGUAAAACUGUUGAGGCUGAGGCAGCCCAUGGAACUGUUACUAGACAUUACCGUUUCUACCAGCAAGGCAAGGAAACAUCGACUAAUCCCAUCGCUUCUAUAUUUGCAUGGACCCGAGGUCUUUUACACCGUGCCAAACUUGAUAAUAAUACUGAACUUAAGAAAUUUGCUGAAACAUUAGAAAGUGUAUGCAUUAAUACCAUUGAAUCUGGAAUAAUGACCAAGGAUCUUGCGAUUUGUAUCAAGGGCAUGAAUAAUGUGAAGAGAGAAGAUUACUAUGAAACUUUCGAAUUUAUGGACAAAUUGGCCGAAAAUCUGAAAAAAAGUUUGGAAAAAUGA